CGCACGCGUCACGCGCCUCCGAGCCCCGUAUGUCAUGCCACGCGACUCGCGAUGUUCUUACCGCGUGAAUAUUUAUGACGCGAUCAAUUCCCUCGCUCCAUUAUAAAUGGCACGGUCCUCCACUAACCGACCUGUCUCUAUGAUCGUAAAAUGCCAAUAAUAAAAACUGUCGUGAACGGACUCGAUCGGCUGAACUUCAAGUUUGUAGUGUAUGUGAUUUUCUACUGUUAUGUCGUCGAGAAAAGUAUCGCGGCGGAGAUGCCGCACGAGUGCGCCUACCGCGCCUCCGAGUCGGAAACGUCGGAAAACGCGGUGCUGUUCUGCAAAAUUCGCACCAUAAACAGUCUGGACCAGCUCCUGAAGAACAUCAGUAGGACGCACUUCGACGAUGUCGUCUCUCUCCACGUCCAAUGCAGCGAGAUAUUGUUCUUCGAGAGCACGCUGACAGGACAAACUGAAAAUGUAUCUACGAAACAAAUUAACAUUAGGAAUCUACGUGAUCUCGUUAUCGACAAAUGCAAGAUUCGACAGAUACCGGCACGAGCUUUUGAGAAUUUCAAGGACCUGAAAUCUCUACACGUGACCACGCAAAACAGUGACUGGUCGGCGAUGACGAUGGAACUGCAUGAAAAUUCGUUUCUAGGUUUGAGUGAGUUGACCGAGUUGAACUUGAGUGAUAAUAAUCUUUGGAGUACAAAAACUGACACGUUUUGCUCAUUGUAUAGCCUGAAAACGUUGAAUUUGACGAAAAAUCAUUUACAAAAUAUCAAAACGAUAGGAUUUUCUGAUACACUUCGACAGCAAAAUUUAAGUGUAAAAAGUUGUAAUUUAGGCUUAGAAAUACUGGAUUUAUCUUAUAAUGAUCUUAUUGUAGUGACCGAAUACGGUUUGUCUAAGUUGCGCUCUCUGUCAAAAUUAUUUUUGCAAAACAAUGUAAUUUCUUCCAUUGAAAAUUAUGCUUUUGAAGGAUUAGUUAGUUUACAAGUUUUGAAUUUAUCUAGUAAUUUCAUGAGCGAUAUACCUCCUGAAAUAUUUGCUAAUACUAAUCUCCUGCAGGAAAUAGACUUAAGUAACAAUACUUUGAAUGUUUUGCCGCCUGGUUUGUUCGUUGGCUUGGAGCAAUUGCAAGUGCUUGACCUUUCAAUUAAUGACUUGAGUAGUCAAUGGAUUGAUAAAGGUACUUUUUCAGGAUUGGUGCGUUUAGUUAUAUUGAACAUCUCCUAUAACAAAAUAAGCAAAAUUAGCCGAUACAUGUUCAAAGAUUUAUACAGUUUACAAAAAUUAAACUUGGAACACAACGAUAUAAUAUCUAUAGACGAGCACUCUUUUGAAGAUCUUAGAAAUUUGCAUUCCCUUACACUUUCCAGUAAUAAACUUUUUCACAUAAAGAGUAACUUAUUUUCUGAUUUGCACGUGCUUCACGAAUUAUUUUUGGACAAUAAUAAAAUAAAACACAUAGACGACAGUUCAUUCGACAAUAUUACAACAAUAGAAGACUUAGUUCUGAAUGACAACUCCUUGUCGUCGAUCCCUUUGUCGAUUAGAAAAUUGAGGUCUCUAAGAUCGUUGGACAUUGGGAAUAACAACAUUACGCAUUUAAAUCGUGAAAACUUUCACGGUCUUACCGAACUUUUUGGCUUACGUUUGGUAGACAAUAAAAUUGUACAUUUAAACGAAGACACUUUUGAAUAUUUACCACAGUUGCAAGUUCUUAAUUUAGCAUCUAACAAAAUAAAGUUUGUCGCUCCUCGUUGCUUCCAUAAGAAUACGAAUUUAAAACUAUUACGAAUGGAUGGUAAUGAAAUCACUAAAUUCGACAACAUUUUUACUGCUAUAAACAAUUUAGUUUGGUUAAAUAUGUCAGCUAAUAAAAUAUCCUCUUUUGAUUUCAAUAGUUUUCCAAGUAGCUUGGAAUGGUUGGACUUGCAUAUGAAUCAAAUCGAUACGUUUUAUAAUGACGACAUGAAUUAUAAAAUUAAUAUAAAAUUGUUAGAUUUAAGUUACAAUAAUAUAAGUAAACUCACGGUAACUUCUAUUCCAACAUCUGUAGAGAAGCUUUACUUGAAUGAUAAUAACAUUGACUUUAUUCAAGUCGGUAGUUUUUCAAAAUUAAAAAGAUUGUCAACUGUAACACUGAACAAUAAUAAUAUUGUACAACUUGACAUUAAUGCCCUUAGAUUAGAUCAAAUUGACGAAAAUAACGACUUGCCCGAAUUUUUCAUCAGCGGAAAUCCUUUCGUUUGUGACUGUUCGAUGGAAUGGAUUCAAAGAAUUAAUUAUUUAAGUCACAGCCGACAGUACCCACGUGUUCUAGACCUAGAUAAAGCAGUGUGUUCAAUGGUACACUCACGAACAAAAACGAAAAAAAUGAUCAUAGAUAUGUCACCUUCUGAUUUUCUUUGUCCGUAUGAAAGUCAUUGUUUCGCUCUAUGCCAUUGUUGUGACUUCGUAGCUUGUGAUUGUGAAAUGAUUUGUCCAAAUAAUUGUAGAUGUUAUCACGACAUUACUUGGAACGCGAACGUAGUAGAUUGUUCGAACGCUGGCUAUACUGAAGUUCCAGAUAGAAUUCCAAUGGAUGCAACUGAGAUUUAUUUAGAUGGGAAUGAAAUAAGUAAUUUAGGGAAUCACGUUUUUAUCGGUAAAAAGAAGUUACAGGUGUUAUAUCUCAACAACACACAGUUAAAAGAAGUUAAUAAUCAAACUUUUAAAGGGGUCGAUUCUUUGCGCAUUUUGCACUUAGAAAAUAACAAACUUGAGGAGUUGAAAGGAGAUGAAUUUACGCACCUCAAUAAUUUAAAUGAGUUAUAUUUAGACCAUAACGCCAUCGUUCAUGUUGGCAAUAAUACAUUUUCUCCUCUUAAAUCUUUGUCGGUUCUAAGAAUAGACGAUAAUAAGCUUAUUAACUUUUUUCCUUGGAAACUCCUUGCAUCUUCUUCUAAAAGUUUGGCUCACGUAUCGAUCGAAGGAAACCAGUACUCUUGCGAUUGUAAAAGUAUUGCAGAGCUUGACUCAUGGCUAAGAAGAGAUCCAGGGGAUCCUGAGAAAAUGUUAUGCACAGACAAAGCUGGCAAGCCUACAAAAAUUACAAUAGCCUCCGUACUAAGCCAUUGUAAGGAAUAUAUGGGAUCAAUUAACGAUCCAACAGUAUCCAAAGACGAAAUUUUUUCCAAGUCCGUUCUCUUUCCUGAUAAUUAUUUUGCUGCUAUAUGUGGUGUUAUUAUUAUUGUUGUUCUUAUUUGUUUAAUAGGUGCUAUAUUUUAUGCGUUCAGAUAUGAUGUAAGCGACUGGUUAUACACCCAUUAUGGUAUACCGUUAUUCAAAGAACAGUCUUGUCCUAAUGUCGAGCAUGUGCUAGAUACUAAUCCUAAUCAUUUGUACGAUUACUAUGUGAUAUGCAAUACCAAAGAUACGCAAUUCAUAACUAAUAAUAUCAUGUCUGAAAUAGAAUUCCGAAAACUGUCUAUGAAGAGACUAUCCAUCAAUGAGUUUUCCUUGAAUAUUCUUACACUAGAUAGCUUUUCAAAAUCACCGAAACUUUCCAAGCGGCUUCUAAUUGUCUUAACAACGAAUUUUAUAUGUAACGAUCUAUGUGACGUUCAUUUUAAAAAUCUAUUUUAUAGCUUUCUCAAGUCGCUCGAUCGUAGCGAUAUAAAUAAAGUAUUAUUUAUAAAGAUUGUAGAUAAUAACCAAAUUAACGACGAACUAUGUUUUGUACUAGAUAAGUUUAAGAACGUAUCGUGGAACGAUCCACGUUUCUGGGAGAGAUUUACCGCGUUACUCAACUCGACCGAAACUAUUAUAACAGUUAAGAGUACGAAAAAGAGCGUAUUCAAUAAGACUCUUCGUCAAACUCCCUCAUUAAGGUACACAACGAUGCCCGUAACUAGCGAUAGUUGCUCGAAGCAGAAUUUUUCAAAUUCCCUUCACUACAAUAAGCGAAACGACGAGGAAGCAUCACAAAGCUCUCCUUCGUCAGACAAUACGUAUGGGGAAGGCAACAAUUCGAACAAUAGUUAUAUGUCGAUCGACAACAGAACAUGUCCUCGCUUUAAUUAUGACCUCCGGGUAUCCCCUAGUAGCGGUCACGUUUAUUCUCGGGUGGAGGAUAUCUCUCCGACCGUAACUCGUUCUAUUGUGGGCACAACUGCUAAAGGUCGUACUUAUUUUGUUUAGUAAAUCCUUUAUUUCUAUUAUGUUUUCUGAAAAACGUAACAAUCAUUUUUUAUCCAUUUUAUAAGUUUUAAAUCCCUUUAUUAUUUUAUUUGGCUCCUUUUGUCAUCAUA